AUGAAAGUCAUAACUGCAACCAUGACAAGUGUUAGUGUAACAGCCACCAGCAGAACGGCGAGCAGCUUAACAGCGACCCGCACUUUGUCCACUAGCACCGCGACCAGCAUCACUACCCUGACCACUGCCACCAUUACCAGCAGCUCUACCCUGAUCACGGCCACGACCAGCAUGACCACUGACACAGUGACUAUCGGCACCACCACGAGCAUGUCCACCACCACCACCAUGUCCACAGUCACCAGUAUCAUCGCCUCGACUGCGGUCAGCACCACUACCCUUACUAGUGCCACCAUUACCACUGGCACAGCGACCAGCGGUACUACCACGACCACUGCCACCACUACCAGCAUCACGACGUUGUCCAUCACCGCAAAUACCAGGACCACUGCCACUUUCACCAGCACCACGACCCUAUUCACUGUCACCACUACCAGCACUACCAUCCCUCUCGGUGCCACCACCUCCAUCACAACACAGACAAGCACAACGACGCGAGUAUUUUCGGUGUCGGCCUCAUUUCGGUUUGAGAGCACGGGCACUCAAGAACAGGUGGAAAAUGCGUCGGUGACUGCCCUUGCUGCACAUCAGCACGUGCCCGAGAGUGCUGUGACCUGUCAUGCAUCGGUCCUCACCUUUUCGCGACGGCUCCUGACAGACCGGGAGCUCACUGGCUCAAUCAUACAUUGGCAGGUUGAUUGGAAUUUAGUUGCAAAUGAAAAUGUCGCUUCUUCCGUCUACUUCCUAGCAUCAUUGUUGCACCAGCAUGUGAACACGACUUCGGGAUUGAAUUCAGGCACGAUUGAAGAUUUUCAUGAUUUAUUUGAUACCGCCCUUUCUUCCAUGAAUUUGACUCUCAUAACAAAUUCAAGUGCCUUGCUCCACGACGAGCCACGGAUGUUGGAGAUCACCGUCACCCAGACGACUUCAACAACGACAGUAACGGGAUCAGCGAGACUGGAAGGCGAAGGCAGCGACGCCAAUGUUAUGAUCAUAAUCAUAGUUGGUGUGAUCUUUGCUUUGUGUUGUUGUGCUCUAUCUUACUGCUGGGCGAAAAAGUUUCAGCAACGGAUCUCACAAGAGGACGUGAUGCUUGAUGUGGAUGUCGAGGAAAAUAAUCAGGAAGCCGAGCAUGUCGAGGACAACGCCGUAAGCCAAGUUUAA